AUGCUUUCCACUAUACCCGUAGAAAUUAUACGAGAAAUAUUUUGCAGCCUAUCGUUACAACAUAAACAUGGUUGCCUAGGACCCUGUAUGUGUUGGCAAUUGGAUCUUUUGAGCGUUUCCAUGGUAUCGAGAUCUUGGUACGCGAUCGCCGUAGAGUUUGUCAAACAUGAGGAUCCUUGGUUACCACUACUAAACUACGCCAGUCAUCAGCGGAACUACCCUUUUCGCUCUCGUCUCGUCAAACUUCUGGGCGAGUCCAAACUGUCCAAUCUCAUCUUUCAUCAUGCAGUGCGUCACCUCGUGAUUGAUUUUGCGUCAUUUGACACCAUACGCCGAGAAAAAUCCAGAAACAACGUUAUGGUCAAAAGAAAAGUUCAUCAUCGUCAUGCAUUAACGGACGUAGUGCAGUUACUGGAAUUAUGUACAAAUAUGGAAAGAUUAGAUAUCAUUUGUGAUGCAGGAUUUGUGAAUUUGCUCUCGGGAGAACACAAUUGUGUGUCAUCCAGUAUAUCGGCGCUUCAACAGCAAUUGGAAAGGAAAGGUAUAAAACGGUUGGAUUUGAUUGGAUUCAAUCCGAUCCAGCGGUGUCCGUGUUGUGCGGGUAGACAUUGGGAUAAAUACUUGGCCCCCUUAAUCAGUUGCCUCUGUUUGGAUACGUUGGUUCUGCAGCAUGUUUUACCGUCUGCCCAAGUGUUUCAGACGCUGGCUCUACAAACGAAUAUCAGGAAAAUCGUGCUGCAUAGGUCCUUGAUCACGAUCCCUAAUACACUUGUGGAUAAACAGGGACGCACCAACUCCAUUAGUAGAAUACCAGCUUCCUUAUGGCAUCAGAUUACUUCGCUGGCUAUCUAUGAAGAUAUGGAGGAUGCUUCAACUUGGUCGGGAAGAAAAUACCUUCAUGAUUUACUGGACCAUGUGGGUCCCCAGUUACAAGAAUUUACAUUACAGUUCGGGUCCAAGGAGGAAAAUGAAGCCAGUCUUUCUCAUCUCGCAUCACCAUCAUCCUAUACCACCACGCAAAUAACAGACCCUAUCUUACUUCAACUUUUGAAAAAAUGCCACCUUCUUCAAAUCACACUGGUCAAUGUUCCUGAAUACCAACCAAUCAGAUGA